GGUCCUUUGUCCAUCGUUCAAUCACAUAUGCCGUUUCAUUCUGUUGACUUUCAGAUGUAUUGGCUUGAUUCCAUUCAACGUAGAGUGCAUUAAUUUCGAGCUGCAGUUCAAAUGUCGGCGGAAACAAUUUUGUUAUAAAUGGAUUCUGUUGACUCUUUCCGUUUGUUCAGCGGAAAUAUUGAUUGCGUUGAUUUUUCGUGAGAGAGUAUUUUUCACUUACUAUGCCGUGGGGUUGAUCAACGAUAUGUUGAAAUACGUUGGAGAGAUAAUCGCUGUCUACGCAACACUGAUGGAGGUCUUCGCUCGAAGGAAGGAUCAUAUUCAGAUAUACGAUAGUUUAAUUACCAGUGAUUUGAGUAAUUUGAAUGGCAAUUUUCAUUCAGCAAGUGAAUACCGACAGUUUUUCCAACAAUUUUCAAUCAAGUAUUCUGUAUAUUUUGGGAUCAUUCUAUUCAUAGAAUUCUUGGUGUUUUUUAGAAUUUCUAAUACUAGUCAGCAGUGGAGAAACGUUUGGUUGAUAAACUUCCCAAUCGUACUGUUUAUAUCAAUGCGAGUUUUGUAUUACAUUUUCAGCGUUGAUUUAGUUAAAUCAAAACUGGCUUCAGUUCGAAUUCAAGUUCAAAAUGCUUAUGAAACUAUGAAAUGGGUUAAGACUUAUAAUUCUAAAUCAAAAGAGUACAAAGCAACGAUAGACAAAGUGUCAAACUCUCUCAUAUUUUUGAAGCAAUGUUACGGUGAGAUAUGGUCUAUCCAUUUUAAUCUGAAUAAUACAUCAGGAUGGAGCAUUUGUUUCGUUAUAAUCAGCUGCUUUGUUCAGUUUUCUAACCAUUUAUAUUGGUUAUACCUUACCUUUCACGAGAAGACAAUCGAUGGCUAUAUUGAAACACUUCUCUGCUUAUGUGAAUGUCCAUUAACGAUCUUCAUUAUCCUCUACUCAACGGAAAGUUGCAUGGAAGUAUCACGUAACAUAGGAACCUUGCUACAUGAGAUUCCAAAGCGGAGUGAGAAAAGGUUGUAUCACAUAAUUUAUCGUUUCUCAAGCCACAUGACCCACCAACCUAUCAGAUUCGUGUCACAUAGCUUGUUUGAUAUCAACUUCAAACUUAUAAAAAUGCUACUGACUGGCGUGGCUACAUAUAUGUUCAUAUUCAUUCCAUUCACUGCGGAUGUUCCAGAAGUUGAAGAAUUCAUUACAACAGCUCCUAAAAAUUAUCUAUUGGAAUAACUUUUCCAGAAAAAAAUUUGCUCAGGAAUGCAUUUCACCAUGGACAAGUCAUGCUUAUAAUCGAAGAAGAGAAACUAUUUACACCAACGGUAAUGAGUUGGCUGAUGUAUUGAAGGCCAUAAUGUUCUAAUUUAUCUUGUACAUUAUUGUUCUGAAAUUUUCAUCGUUUCGUGUACCCCAUCUUGGAGCUAUUGCUAUUCAACUAUCCACAUAGGGUCGAUGUAUCAAAAAC